UCGUGUUCCGACAUCGCUCGAUGCACUGUGACGACGAAGGAUGGUGAAUAUUGGUUGUAUCCUACAGUAACAAAUGGAAAGAGGGUGAAGAUUUAUUGUCAUGACAUGCAGAGAGGUCCGAAGGAGUAUGUCACUCUGAAGUAUGAAAACUCCUUUGUUCAACACGACGAUUCAAAUUGGUUAAGUAAAUACGAACGAUGCACAUCUACAUUUACGCCUCCACUAAAGAAAGCAGAUUUUUUGAAAGUGGCCAUUAACAUAGAGGAUAUGUCUGUGAAUGGAACAGAUUAUACGUUCGCAGUGCCUACAGGGGAUUUCAGUCUUUCUUUUGGACAAACAGCUGACUGUGCUGCAGAAAAGUCGAGGAAAAACUGUUUUCGAUUUUCCAGUGCAAAAAUCAAUACUCGAGGAACAGGGAUGAUUUUUGAUCCUACUAUUGUAUUCGGUAAAGUGGGAGGCUGGGCUACUGGUAUACUGGAUUUUCAGCGUUCAGCAGACGGAGCGGAAGUGUCCUUCCGGUGUGCAGGAUGGUGUGGAAAAUGUGGUCCAGUUGAAGAAAUGAAGUUUAUUUUGACAACAGAAGCGGUUUCAGAAGCACUGUCGGUGAUUUGUUCUGUGAAAUAGAUUCCAUGGUCCAGAAAUCAUGCUCAUUAUAAAGAGAAUGGCAUAUGUCGUCUGGAACAGGAAUUUGGAACAACUGACUUCUACAAUAAUUUGAAAUUAAUUUUUUUGCAUUCAUAGUAUGAUUUUUUUAAAUGAUCACUUUGAAAGAGAGUACGAAAAGGAAACAUACAUUUACUAUGUUUUCCUUGUAUUUAAAUGACAUUAUAAAUUAUGUAUAUCACUAAGAACAAUAUAAAUAAUGUACAUCUCUCCUCUUUUUUCUGAUACUGAUGUAUAAUUAUAUUUGAAAUAAAAAACAUCAAUUAUAAACAAAAAUUCAUCAACAAUAAAAAUCUCUCUACAGCACGAUGAAACUCAAGAUUUUAAAGAUUUUGGAAAAACUCGUAUAUUUAGAGCUUAUUAUUCAUACCCAAUGAACAUUAAAAAAACCCUAUCCCUGCUUUUCCCUAAAAGUGCGUUUUUGUUCUGGUCAGGAUGCACUUACUUUAAAAAGUCAAAACAGUAAAAUAGUAUUUGUGAUGAUAUCAUCAAUGAGAUUUGAUGAUAAUAAAUAUGUUGCCAUGCCUAAAUGUUCAUUUAAACGAUACAAAUCAGGAGCGCAACAAUCACAGGGAGCAUACCUCAGAGGAGGGAUCAAAUACAAUAAAGGAGAAAGCAUCCCUGACCUGUUUUGAAAGA